UGGAGAGACUAACUAGCACAUAACUAGCGACAACACAAUUACAGCAUAUUAACUGGCACUAAUAUGCUGGAACAAGAAACCACUGAACAAAAAAGACAUCUGGGAGCUGUGUAGAGGAUCCACCAACGUGGUUCCGCAUGCUUGGCUCAGAAGCUAAGCAGGACAGCUAGCUAGUUGAAUGAAGGCUUGCUAAUAACAAACGUUAGCAUGCACAGGAAGGAGUUACUCCGGGUGUAUGCAAUAUUGAGAUUGUCUGAAUCAACGGAUAAGACACCGUUUCGAGAGGGUUGAGACAACAUUGCCACCAUGUACUCGAACCCUAACAACCCCACGAAGUCCAGCUACAACAGCAGCAGUAUCACUGAGCUGCUGGGUGCCCUGUGUGACUGCAGCCUGUCAGGGGUAUCAUGGAAGCGCCGUGCCCUGGGAGGAGUCUCCAGAGAAGGUUUCCGCAGAGCUCUCAAGAAGUGUGCCUACGGUGCCCUGCUGUCCAAGAUAUUUCAAGAUGGCACCAAAGGGUCUGCCUCGGGACCGAGUGCCACAGCUAAUACACCAGCCAGAAACAAAGUCCUGAUGAUAUGUUUUGACUUGCGGGUGGCAGGGUGCCGAGAGGAAGCAGAGAGGUUGGAGGAGCAGCUGGAGAGGCUGCCGGAGGGAACAUCCUCUGGCCUGAAAGAAGUAGACGCAGUCCUCGAGCUCUUGGUGCACCUAGCUGGCUCUGCACCUCCUCCCACAACCUCUUUCAGCAGAGACUAUAUGAGACGAGAGAGGCCCGUGUUGCGGAGGCCUCAACCAUGGGGCUACCAGAGCGAGGAGCUGCAGAGGCUAGAGGCCCGGGCGUGGGGUCUAGUGUGUGGCGAGGAAUGGGGUACUUUGGAGAGUUUGUGUGGAACUCAGAGGUUGAUGGAUGCCCCUCCAGGCACAGGUCUCUUGGCUCUUAGGACUACACUGGAAGGGGAAGAAAGAUUUGAGAGGGAGACCAGGCUGACGCUGUUUGGAGCCCUGCAGCACACUCGCACGUCAGACAUAGACAUUAGACUGGACCUGCCUCCUGUUCCCAGUAACAUUGAUGUAACUGGGCUGGCUAUAAGGGUCCCUUCCUGUUUAGAUCAGUCAGAGGAUGAAGGUUUCCAGUCAUCUUCCAACCUGACCCCAGAUUCUCAGUCAGAGCCCAGCCCCAUUCCAGACAUCGAUAUAUGGGAGGCUCUCCGCACAUUUGAGCCUGGAAGGCGCCGCUGCUGGGAGUCUGUUGGCUGCCCACCGGGAAAAAGGGAGUCACUCUAUCUGACAGAGGGAGGCAGGGAGGCCUUUGACCAACUCUAUCGUCUAUGGGAGGGGGAGAUGAGGGUGGUCAGCACAAACACACCGUCUCCUCUCCUCCCGCUGCCCCUGGACUCUCAGACACAACUGGUGUCUGACCUCCUCAAUGUCUUGAUCGGAGUGGCGUCCACGACCUUCCCUCUCAACCAGAGUGUUCAGUUUGACGUCAGACCUGGUGUGUGCGUGUCAGGAGCCUCUCCAGAGAGUGUGGCUCGUCUCCUGGGCGAGCUGGCCCAGUACGGCACCUACUACUUGAGGCUUAGUCGCUUUUCCCUGCAGAGUGCUGACAAAAAAGGCCUCGUGUUUCAGGCUUUCACAGGUGGUCUGCGGAAGUAUCUUCAUUACUACAGGGCUUGUGUUCUUAGCACACCUCCCACCCUCAGCCUGCUGACUAUUUCAUUCCUCUUCCGCAAAGUGGGCCGCCAACUGAGGUACCUGUCAGAACUGUGCUGUGUAGAUGGGCCUUUGGGUGCAGGCCAAGCUACCUUCCCUGUGGGUGUUAAACUGCUGUCCUACCUGUACAAUGAAGCACAGAAUAACUGCAGCAACGAGAACUAUCCGGUCCUGCUGUCGCUGCUGAAGAGCAGCUGUGAACCUUAUACACGGUUUGUGUCUGACUGGGUGUAUAGCGGUGUGUUUCGAGACGUCUAUGGAGAAUUCAUGAUCCAGGUCAAUGAGGAGUAUCUCAGCUUCAGAGACAAACACUUCUGGGUCCAAGGCUACACUCUGAUCUCAAAGGAUGUGGAGGACUGUGUGCCCCUCUUCCUGCGACACAUCGCCAAUGAUGUGUACGUCUGUGGAAAGACCAUCAACCUCCUAAAGAUCUGCUGCCCACAGCACUACAUCUGCUGGUCGGAGCUGCCGGUGCCUCGCAUUGCCGUCACCUUCUCCCUCCGGGAGGUGGAGGAGAUCGAGAGGGACUGCGCUGUGUACCGUGGACGACUGGAGAGGAUUGCUAAGAACAGCGCCAUCAGCAGGGAGGAGCAAGCCCAGCGAGCAGAGCAGGCACGUCCGGAGCUGAUCAAUCAGGUCAGAGAGUCGGCAGCCAAAACCCUGGAGAGCAUCCGCGGGCGCCAGGUGUCACAGCGUCUGGCUGAGGAGGCAAAGAAGAGGGAGCGUUUUGAGGAGCUGAAACAGCACCUGGAGCAGGAACAAGAGUGGCGAAGCGCAGCCAAGAAGAAGCUGGAGGAGGAUGACUUCAGCUUUGCCAGAGAGGUUAGGGACAGAGAGAAGAGACUACAAGCCCUGGAGGAGCAACUGGAGCAGAGAGCCAGGAAGGAGCUGAUUGCUCAGUACAGCCGUCUGUCAGAGGAAGCAGCUCGCAGAGAGAGGCGGGCCAUGUGGCGGGUGCAGCGAAUGAGACUUGAGGAAGCCCGGGCUCAGUUCUUCAUGCAUGACAGGCAGCAGACUCAGGAAAUGCUAGAGAAAUAUCCUUUAGGCCAGCAGAGACCUCCCAUGGAAGUGCUGCCAUCUGUUCCCUCAACACAACUGACUGUGCCACAACCAACACUGGAAUCUCCCACUCAAGAUCCAGCUGAACAGCAACCAGCGGAGACUCAAGAAUCUGAUGCUGUGUCACCACCGUCACCCACCCUCAAUCCCCUUACAGUGGACCCUGCCCUCAUCUCUGAGGGCAUUGACAUCACUGAUUUUCUGCCCAAGUCCCCAAAUCCUGACAGCCAGCAGGUGGACGUGGCCCUGCAGGAAAUCGGCUCUGACCUACCUGAAGUGUGUCCCACAGCACAACUUGUAGACUAUGACUUCAGCGCCCCCUUUAGUCCACUUGAGGGUAUCACUGGCCAAGUGCCAGCCCAGCCCCGGCCUCGCUGGGGACCUGCAGUCCAGCCCGACUUGAUCCAAAACCACCCCUCUUUUUCUCACAUUGCCAUAGGAGAGAACAUGUCUCAAGUCCAGGAUAGUCUCCCUAAAGCCAGCCCCUUUGGCCAAGCCUCUAAAUCCAGCUUUCCUCUGGGCCAGUACACCCCAGAGGAUCCCCAAAGCACAUCUAAAGCAAGCGUUUAUGGACAUCCCUCUGAAGCCUCAGUGCAGCUAGAAGAUGGGAGUAAUUCAGUGACAGACAACAAGCAAGUAGAAGUUGGAUCUAUGUUUAAACAGAGGGCUGAAAUGGGGAAUUUGGGAAGUAAAGCAGAGGCAAAUGAUGAUACUACAAAAGGAGAUGAUGUGGUAGAGCAAAGUGGCAAGGAUAGUGGUCACCACAAAGUCGCUGGGAUCGAGGAACCUCCUGCAAGCACUCAAGACCACAGCUCAGAUGUUCAGGAUAAAGCUGGUGAAAACAUCUCACACCUAAAAGCUGGAGAACUGGUUUCAGAUGCUGUUGCACCGCAGCCUUCACCUAGCAUCCAUGGACAUUCCUCUGAUGCUCACAUAAAGGUUGGACAGUUUGUAUCAGAGGUAACUGCUUCUCUUCCAUCUGCUAACGUCCAUGGUCAUAUUUCGGAUUCCCACAUUAAGAUCGGAGCACACGUUUCAGACGUUGAUGCUCCUCUACCUUCCUCCACUGCUCACGGUCACUCCUCUGAUGCUCACAUUAAAGUUGGGGAAAACGUUUCUGAAUUUGUCCCUCCUCUUCUUACUCCAAAUAUCCACGGUCAUGCCUCAGAUGCCCACAUCAAAGUGGGUGAGCAUGUGUCAGAUGUAGUAACCCCUCUGUUCUUGCCCAACGUUCAUGGUCACAGUUCAGAUGCGCACAUCAAAGUUGGGGAGAAUGUCUCUGAUGUUGUUGCACCACUUCCUUCUCCCAGCAUCCACGGUCACUCCUCUGAUGCUAAUAUAAAAGUGGGCGAGUUCGUGUCCAACGUACCAGAAGAGAAACUCCGUUGGAGUAAACAUGGGCAUGCCUCCGACUGCAUCCUUCAAACGGGCUGUGUGGUAUCUGGAGCUGAACCCGCCCUGUCCACUCUACCUGGAAGCUCCUAUGGUCACUCCUCAGACUCAACGUUGGGUAUUGGAUGCAUAGUUUCUGGAGACGAACCCAAACGUUCUCCUCUUCCUGGCAGUGCCCAUGGUCAUUCCUCAGACUCAACUUUAGGCAUUGGAUGCGUUGUGUCCAAAGCGGAACCCCUUCCAUCACCACUACCCGGCAGCGUCUAUGGACACUCCUCUGACUCCACGCUGGGGGUGGGUUGUGUGGUGUUGGGGACGGAGCCGCAAGCCUCUGUCCUACCAGGCAGCACUUAUGGCCACUCAUCAGACUCUUCACUUGGAGUCGGGUGCGUUGUGAAGGGCAAAGGCAGUGGAAGUCAGCAGAAGAUGGAAGACAAUGGAGAUGGUCAGGGUUCUAAGUCGGACGGCCCUGGUGAGCAGCUGGUUGAGAGCAUGGGGUCCUGGACAGCGGCCUUCAGUUUGUCCCCUGGAGAAAAGUCUGAGCAGGAAUACCUCUUGGCUUUGUCUGCUCAGUACCAGGUGGAUCACUACGAAGACUGCUACAACCUAAUGGCUUCGUCCCCUGAGUGUCAGCUGCUGAAGCAGGUAACUCGGGGCCCCUGGGGCCUCCCUAUGGACCCCACUCUCCGCAGAGCCACGGACACCACUGCUGUCCAACUCAGCGAGAUGGUUUCCCUGCCAGUUCUGAUAAAACACUCCGUCACCACCCCGCUCAUCACACAUGUGUCUUUGGUGAACAAGGCAGUGGUGGACUACUUCUUUGUGGAGUUGGGGGUGGAAAGACACUUUGAGGCGCUGCGCCACUUCCUGCUGAUGGAGGAUGGCGAGUUCGCACAGUCCCUCAGUGAUCUGCUCUUUGAAAAGCUGGGCAGCGGCCAGACUCCCGGCGAGCUGCUGACCCCUCUGGUGCUGAACUCCAUCCUCAGCAAGGCCCUGCAGUACAGCCUACAUGGCGACACCCCCUUAGCAGGCAACUUCACCUUCGCCCUGCGCUUCCUCCCGGAGACCUUCCACCCCCACGCCCCCGACUCCCUAAACUGUCUGGAGCUGCGCUACAAGGUGGACUGGCCGUUGAACAUCAUCAUCACGGACAGCUGCAUGAACAAGUACAACCGUCUGUUCUCGUUCCUGCUACAGCUCAAACACAUGGUGUGGAGCCUCCGCGAGGUCUGGUUCCACCUCAAGAGAACAGCGCUGGUGAAAGGCGCCGGUCGCUCGGUGCAGUUUCGUCAGCUGCAGCUGUACAGACAUGAGAUGCAGCAUUUUGUCAAGGUGAUACAGGGAUACAUCGCCAACCAGAUCCUGCAAGUGUCCUGGAGCGAGUUCACAGCCAAGCUGGCCACUGCCAACGACCUGGACGCCAUCCACCGCACACACGCAGACUACCUCAACAGAGCCAUCUUCAGGGGUUUGCUGACCGAGAAAGCGGCUCCGGUCAUGAACAUCAUCCACAGCAUCUUCAGCCUGAUCCUCAAGUUUCGGGCCCAGCUGAUCGCACAGCCGUGGGACAGCCAGCAGGGGGAGGCAGUGCACCCCAGCUUCAUUGCCAUGCAGCAGUCGUACAACACCUUCAAGUAUUACUCUCACUUCCUUUUCAAAGUGGUGACUAAGCUGGUGAACAGAGGCUAUCAGCCUCAUCUAGAGGAUUUCCUCCUUCGCAUCAACUUCAACAACUACUACAAAGACUCUUGAGUCCAGCUGUGUAUGCUGUACAUGAACUAUGUGUGAGUACUUGACAUAAUACAAGCAAGUUGUUCGAUACUUAUCCAAUUCACCACAGCAGACCAUAAGAGUUGACAUUUUUAGAUUCCCCCAUAUGUGCUUAGAAGAAAGAUAAUCAGACAUAUGUGAUAAAUAAAGUUCCAAAAUGCAUUUAAAAACCCACCUGUCCUUCAUAUAAGGGCAUGGAUGUGACAUUCAGACCAGUUUCAGGCUAUCAGUGUGCAGAACUACAUGUUUGCUUGAUGAAUGGCUUUACCUCUAAAACGUGAUGCUGCCAGUGUGUAAUUGAGAUAAAGCCGAUGCCUGCUGUAAUGCCUCCCAUGCUCAGGUGUGCCUCCAGCUGUGUAGAUUUGAAGUGCACAUUAAUUAAAUGUCAAUUUUAUGUAAAUACAAAAGCAUAACGCUUUGUUUAAUAAAUGCUGUAUUCUCCGA